AUGCGUAAAACAGGAGCUCCCGGACAUCCGGGACCUAAAGGUGAUGCCGGGAAGUCCAUAUCUACACCAGUGUUGAUUGUAUCUCCUACGUCACUCACUGUGACUCAGAACCAGACCGCUACGUUUUACUGCUCAGCUGAUGGUAAUCCAAGCCCUAGCGUGUCCUGGAGUAAAAUAAUUGGCACAAAAUUGAAAAGUAUGGAUGAUAAAGAUAAGAAGCUGGAAAUUACCAAUGCUUCAUACAAUGAUUCAGGGAAGUACGUUUGCACAGCUACAAAUAUCUUGGGACAAGUUGAGAAAGAAGCAAAACUUCUCGUAGAAGUGCCUCCACAAUUCACCAAAGUUCCCGAUCAACAUAUACGUGUAAAGGAGGGUAUGGAAGCCUCUGUUACGUGCCGAGCAUUUGGUUCUCCACCUCCAGUAAUUCAGUGGUCUAGGGCAUUUGCGUCCUUGCCAAACGGACGAGUAACUGUUGAGAAAGGCACACUUAAAAUUACCAGUUUUCACCCAAAAGAUGUCGGAACGUAUCAGUGUAAAGCAACCAACAAGCUGGGAUCUGUUAGUUCGUCAACAACUCUAAGUAUUGUUAAAGAGGAGUUUAGUGCGGUCUUCACCAAUCUCGGUGCGAGUGGAAGAUUUGGUCCGACAACACUCGGUAGUCACUACACAGGUCAGGAUCAUGACGGUCAAGUUACACUGACCAGCGGUAUUCAACUGUGGACUGUGCCAUACACUAGUGAUUAUCGAAUAGAAGCAGUAGGAGCAGCAGGGGGAUAUGGAUUACAAAGUAACAACGGUCAGUACCGAGGAAGAGGAGCACGCAUGAUUGGAACUUUCAGCUUAUCCAAAGGUGAAAAAAUUCGCAUUCUCGUUGGCCAAGAAGGAGGGAUUAACCGGGUUUCUAAUUCUGCUGGAGGUGGUGGAGGUACCUUUGCAGUGAGAGGAAGCAGCACACCUUUGAUAGUAGCUGGGGGUGGAGGAGGCAUGGAGACUGUCACUUCAAGACACGCUGGAUGUGAUGCGAGCGCAAGCAAAACAGGGAAUCCUGGGUACAGAUCAUGGUCAGGAGGGAGCAAUGGACAUGGUGCACAGAUUGCUGAUAGUAGUUACUCAGGUGGCGGUGGUGGCGGCUUUUACUCGAGUGGAAGAAGUUCAAAGCAAUUUGGUGGUUCAAUGGGAACAGGCGGAGAAGGGGGUAAAGGGUUUUUACAGGGAGGAGUGGGCGGAAGAUCCUUAUACAACAACAUCGACGGUGGGUUUGGAGGAGGAGCUGGUCCUUAUGGAAGAGGAGGAGGUGCUGGCGGCGGGGGAGGGUACUCUGGUGGAAGCAGUGGAGAUAAUGAAAACGACUCCUGUGGGGGAGGGGGAGGAUCUUAUAACGCCGGAAAANAUCAGCAAAAUGAAUGCUGUCAUAAUACAGCUGGUCAUGGCCACGUGAUCAUUACAUUACUGUAAAAUAUUACAGCUGUUAUUAUAUUCACUGAUUUUUUUUGUCUCUAACUGAGUUUUACUCAGCUAUUUUAAAAGUUACAAUCAAUUUUUAACCGAAAAUAGUCCGUCAGUUAUACUAGGUUAUGAUCUCAACGAGAUUGCUCGCUACAGGCGAACAACUUUUCCCAUCAGUCAUCAUACACUUAGGUAUAUCUCCGUUUUGUGGGUAGAAGUUUUAAAAAGAUCAUUCACAGCCUUGGAGUUUUCGACUUCUUCCAAAGUCUCCAAACAUUUGCGCGCGAAUGCAUCUACACUUGCCCCUCCUCCCACCCCACCUACAAUGUUCGACAGGUUUACGCG